AUGAAAACAACGGAGUCUACAGCUUCAUCCAGUACUACCACGGGGUCCAAGUCUUUGGCUUUCGCGCCGACCACGAAAACGACGGAGUCUACAGCUACAUCCAGUACUACCACGGGGUCUUUGUCGUAUGUCGAUGUACGUCGAGGGGAUCGCAUCCAUCAGUUGGAGGACUAUGCCGACAGUCUCUUGGUUCAGGACGUGAUCAAUUACCAGUCAGCCGAGGAUGUCAUCACUAGGAUUCCGAUGGGCAGGAAGAUGAGAAAUGUCAUGAAGCCCCAGGGAAAGCAGUCUGGCAUAGUCACGUUUGGACUGUUCGCGCAUGGAGCCAUGAAUGGGGUCACUCGCUCGACUCAGGAAAUGCCGCAGGUGUGCCGCUUCAUCAACAGAUGGAUCAAGUCGCUGGCCCCUUCAGAGUUCACAUGGUCUUCGGUCACCAUCGGUGUACAGACAACGGCCGAUGUACACAUGGACGCUCACAACGAUGGUCGCUCGAAGAACAUGUCGGUGACCUUGGGCAAGUUUUCCCAAGGAGAGCUUUGGCUCCAACGUGAGCGAGAUGCCCCGAGGCAGUUCGUCAUGAGUGGAGGUGAAGAGGAGUCCAAGUCUGAUUGCGAGUGUGUGCACGACUAUGAGACGGUGUUCGAGUGCGAAGCCGCCGACCUCACGGAAGGACGGCGCAUGGGCGUGAAGAAGUGCCAGGCGGCAUGGCGCAGGCUGACAAUGGCACUGGUGGCUCUCCUCUCGACGGCUCGCAGCCAGAUGGUGGUGGACCACUUGAUGCAACGCCAGCAAGAGGAGCUGGAACCGGAGCGGACGGAGAAGCCGUUGCCCAACGACCGGAUCAAGAAGAAAACCAAUGUGGACAUGGCAAUGGGCAUCGGCAAGCCGCUUCGGAAAUCCGACGUGCACAAGGAGUUCCCCAUGAAGGUGACCGAGUGCAACCACCCGGCGGACGCUCUACGCUGCCGGGGAAAUCAGGCGAUGAAAUGGUGGGUUUGCACGAGGUGCGGUUCACGAUGGGACAGGCCGGGGGAGAAGACGAACUCGGGGAGCCCAGCGACCUCGUCCACGGCAACUUCGCGAGUGCAGGUGGACGAGAAGGCACCCAAACUGGUCAGUGUCCGAGGCCAGGAGUUCCCCCACUUUCUUCCAGCACCCCGCGGCCGUCCACAACAGGGAGCUCGAGAAGUGACCUUGUCUCAGACGGGGGCGCCGAAGACCAACAAGGAGUCCGCAGCGAGCUCGAGCACUGGUCCUAUGCCUUUUUCCACGGCGCCACCUACAAAGACUCGGGCGCGGAUGACACCUCACGGAGUUCGAGAAGUUCGCCGAUCGAAGACACCCACCAGGACGGGAGGCCCGGAGACCUACGAGUUGAACACCGACCACGAGGACUGGGCCGACGCGGAGAUGAUCAACCCCAACAACGCCGAGCCGAACGCGAGGGGCUGGUUGCUGAAGUCCAUCUUGGUGAUGCUCACUUUGGUGGAGACGGAAAACGCUGUGCCCGUGCUGGGCACCAUGUUCGGUGAGAAGCGGGACCAGCUUUGGUGGCAUCAGGAGGACCAAAGCUGGGAGAGCCGGCCGCCGUCCGUCUUCCCUGCGGUUGAAUGUCAGGUGUUCCCUCGGCAGCAAGUGCGCAAGGACUGGUUGGCGGACAAUGAGGGCGUGGUCGUCUACAUGAACCAGGCCGAGCGGAAGUCUGUGGCCUCAGCGUGGAUGUUGUCCACGGUCGACCCGGCCGAGAUCAACUCACCUCCCCGCGUACUACAGCGAGCCAAAAAGCAGGGCAAGGACAGUGUCAUGGCUUUGGACUUGGCUACUGGCUGGGACUUUGAACGUGACGGUGAUCGACGAGCCGCUCACCAGCUACUGACACGACAUCGCCCAGGGAUGCUUUCCUUGGCGAUGGCUCCGGACAUCGACGAGCAGGCCACCGACUUCAAUGUGGACCUCGCCCGUCAACAAAUGGAGCAUGGCCGGGGUUUUAUCAUGGAGUGUCCGACAGCUGCACCUCCGUGGCGCAGACAGUCGUUAAAGGAGUUGAAAGAGCACCCCGCAGUGUUCUCGGUCGUCCUCGACUUCGCGCGCCUUGGAGUGGGAGAUGGACAGCUAGGAGCACGGGUAUGUCCGACGGUGGCAAUGACCAAUGUGCCGGAGCUGUUUCGAUCAGUUCGGCGGCGUUUCGCUCACUUGCCUCGACAGCCCGUGCAUGCCACCGACUACGAGAUGACCAAGGUCCGAAACUAUGUCAGCGUCUUCAGCAGCCUCCUCAACCAGGGUCUUCGCAAGCAUCUGAGGACCCAGCAUGUUUCUACAGACCAUGCCAGCCAACGCUGGGCAUGGCAAGGCAUUCAUUUAGUGUGCCGUCACUUUAUGCCCCGACAGCACCUAUGCCUUCCUGAGGAAUGCCCUUUCGACAUAUCGCGCGUCAAUUUCUCGGGCCGUCGAGUUACUCGAAUGGACCCGAUUGGAGGCCAAACCAAGGUCAUCGAAGACGACUGGCCUUCACAACGCUCGAGGUCUACGGCAAUUUCGUGGACCGGCACCUCGAUCUUUCACACGGUGCCCGAGAUCAUUUUGCCGACUGCGCUCGCUCACGUGGCCACCACUUUGGCCAAGAGUGCGGCGCAUGAUUUUUGCACUUUUCAGUCUGAACAACAUGAACUACAAGCUGAGCUCGCGGUGUUUCCUUCGCACAGAGUUUUGGAAGGGCGGCAUGAAUUGACCUCGGCUCCGGCGUCUGCUGCGUCUGCUUCGGCGAGACCUUCGGCAGACCCCCAGAGCAGCGAGUUCGACUGGGAUGACUUUUGUCGUGACAUCUCGCACGAGGAAGCGCGCUUCAUCACUGGAGGCGCCCCCUUCGCCCGUGACGAAGCCCAGGGUACGAAGGAAACAGUAGCUACGAGAACAGAAGAGGAAGCUCGAGUCGCCAAGGAGCUUCGAGAGUUGGUGAUCGAUCCCUCGGCGAUCCCGACAGGCGACCGUUCCGUGAUGGCCCCGGACACUCGCCGAGAAGUUUACCGUUUACACCGCAACUUAGGUCACCCAGACAAGCGGACCUUUCUUCGGGCUAUGAGGCACGCGGGAGUUAAGGUCGAGGUGCUCCAGUACAUCAAGGACGAGUUCAGUUGCCCGAUCUGCUCGAGGAGGCAGCGACCGUCUUCUCACCGGCCCGGGCACUUGAGUCGCGAGAUGUCGUUCAACGAGGUUGUGGGCAUCGACUUGAUUUUCUUCCGCAAGCUCGUCCUCCUCAACUGCUUGUGCUGGGGAACUGGCUACCAAUGGGUAGAGCCCGUGGCUGACAAGAGAGCCGAAACAGUGACUGCGGCUCUGCUGUCGUCGUGGUUUGGACACUACGGCACUCCCAAGCUCGUGGUGGCCGACCAAGGAGGCGAGUUCGCUGGAAAGUUCUUCGUGGAGACUCUGUCGGACGCUGGAGUGAUUGUCCACUUCAUCGACGUGCGCAGCCCUUGGCAAAACGGAAGGACGGAGAAAGCCGGGGGCCUGUUCAAGGACAAGCUCGCCACUGUCAUCGACGAGGCGGGUGUGGUCGAUGGUCAUGAAAUGAGAAUGGCUAUCUCCGAAACAGUGUGGACUCGCAACCAACACUACGACCGCAGCGGGUUCACCCCGCACCAGAGAGUGUUUGGGAGCACUCCUCGCGUCCCCGCAUCUCUCCUCACGGACGACGCCAUCGACACCAACCUGCUGCUCGACGGCGCCUCGGAUGCUUGGCAUCGCAGCUUGGAGAUCAGGGCUGCUGCUCGCAAGGCAUGGAUGGAAUGCCAAGACAGGGCGGCGGUGCAACGAGCCGCUCGGGCCAACACUCGGACCGCGGACGACAAGUCGCUCCAGGCCGGCCACACGGUGUUUGUGUGGCGAGAAACUCCAGACUUCAAAGGCUGGGCCGGUCCAGGGGUUAUCGUCGCCGAGAGCACUAAUGGACGAUCCUUGUGGGUGAGCCUAAGAGGCUACUUGAUCAAAGCCUCACGAGAACAAGUUCGUCAGGCCACCCCCGAGGAGCACUUAGGAGCAGAGCUCAUCAAGGUGAUCUCCAAAGACAUGCUGGAGGGCCUCGAGGCGGGCACGCUUCGGAACUUCCGGGACAUCGAAGGCGAGGGCAUCCCCAACCAAGAGUUUGACGAUUCCGCAGACAAAGCCUCUCGCAAACGCCCGCUCGAGACGAUUGACGAGGAUAUGGAGGAGUACGUGCCCUCUCCUGUAGAGGAGACAGCCGACGAGCCAGAUGAAGUGCCUCCUCCAGACCCUGAGCCAAUGCCCAGGGCCGAGACCGAAAGCACCGCGCUUCCUUCAGAG